UGCUGAUGAUUGUUAUUUAAAUAUAAACAUAAUGCAUCUCAUCCUAGUGAAAAACAAUGAACUGAAAUCAGAACAAGUUGGAAAGAUUGGCAUUGUUUCUAAUAUGGAAGAGUCUGAAUGGACGAGUGUGAAGGAGAAGCUGGGCUUGGACUUCCCAAAUCUCCCCUACCUUAUUGAUGGUGACAGAAAGAUUUCCCAAAGCAACGCCAUCCUGCGAUACAUUGCACGCAAGCACAAGAUGUGUGGUGAAACUGAAGACGAAACAAUCAGUAUGGACAUACUGGAGAACCACCUCAUGGAUUUCCGUGUGAGCUUUGCACACUUGUGUUACAGUCCGGAUUUUGAAAAACUAAAGCCUGGCUAUUUGGAAUCACUACCUGGGAAACUCAAGCUGUUCUCUCAAUUUCUGGGGGACAGGCAGUGGUUUAUAGGAAGAAAGCUCACCUACAUAGAUUUCAUUGCUUAUGAUGCGUUAGAUGUACAUCAAAUGCUGGACCCAAAAUGCUUGGAUCAGUUCCCAAAUCUGAAGGAGUUCCUACAUCGCUUUGAGGCCUUGGAGAUGAUUGCUCCCUACCUGAAAUCAAAUCGCUGCAUCAGAAGUCCAAUCUUUUGGAGUUCUGCCACGUGGGGUGGCAACAAAAUCUAGAAGAGACCACAAGUUUCAGGAGAGGAACAACUGGAACUGCCAUAUGAAAGAGGGAUCUUCAUUAGUCCUCCAUAUUUCCAAACUUGAUUAUGGCAUGCAUUCACCUAAUAAAGAAUAUAAGAAACUGGAAAAAAA